UUGUGAAUAACUAUCGCUGCGCCGGUUCAACUUCGCAGUGCUGUUUGCAGUGUUCAUAAAUUGCGUUUUCGUCGGCGUGAAAGGCGACCGCCGCCAGCGGUGCAUUCACCGCUCGCCGUGUCGAAUUUAUCGCGAGAUCAAUACGUGCGCCUACCCGCCAACGCGCUCCGUACCACACUUACCUGCGCCUAGCCGGCGACGUCAUCACACGUGGCGGGGACGCGCGCGUGUGUGAGUGCGCCGCGAUUAUAUGGAAUUCAGCGAUUACGCCACCUAUCUACGCCCGAGCCGGUGCGACCGCGCGAACAGUAAUAAUAAUAAUUAGCCGCCUCUUUAUUGUUAUUCGAGGCGACCGGCGUUCGCUCACUGUCAUCAUAGAUAAACUCGCCUCGCGACCGAACCCGUCGCACACGCCUAUUGCAAAGCGUUCUACAAUUGUGCUUAUUGUUUGAAACGAUGUUUCAUUGUGAUAUCAGUGAGUAUACCUGCGAGCCAUUGUGAACGGAUCGUUCGAAUACAACGAAGGACUUAUCAGGUUCAAGUUGGGACAGAAGACAGUUCGGACAACACAGUGACAAGUGUGCAUAGUCAGCGUGCAGGUGUGUGACGGCGCUGCCGUUAGUGCGUGUCAGUGCUGUGUUUGUGUACGCGUGUGUACAGUGACAGUGACGGUGGUGUGUGUGUGCGUACGCGCGUCCGAAGUGGCGCCGACGCGAGCGUCAACUCAAUGCCGGUGCGCCGAUGGAUCGGUGAUCGCAGCCUGACUACGUCACAAGAGCAGCGCUGGUGACGCGCUGCGGAGCGGUAGUUAAAGCGGCUCUGCCGCUUUAAAUGGACAAACGCAAGAUGCUGCCAAAGAGAGCGCGUAUGGAUAGCAUGCGGGGUCCUAUCGCAAAUGGACCCCUGCAGUCGAGGCCCCUAGUGGCAUUACUCGACGGUCGAGACUGCACCGUUGAGAUGCCAAUACUGAAGGACGUGGCGACGGUAGCGUUCUGCGACGCGCAGUCCACUUCCGAGAUUCACGAGAAAGUCCUUAACGAGGCCGUUGGCGCGCUCAUGUGGCACACCAUUAUCCUUACCAAGGAGGAUCUAGAGAAGUUCAAGGCACUUCGGAUCAUCGUACGCAUAGGUUCCGGAGUCGACAAUAUAGACGUUAAAGCGGCCGGCGAACUAGGGAUAGCUGUAUGUAAUGUUCCGGGCUACGGUGUCGAGGAGGUAGCGGACACGACAAUGUGUCUCAUAUUGAAUUUAUAUCGACGGACGUAUUGGCUCGCCAAUAUGGUACGGGAAGGGAAAAAAUUUACAGGUCCAGAGCAGGUCCGCGAGGCGGCGGCGGGAUGCGCUCGCAUCCGCGGCGACACGCUCGGCAUCGUGGGGCUCGGCCGCAUCGGUUCAGCCGUCGCGCUGCGAGCCAAGGCCUUCGGCUUCAACGUCAUCUUCUACGACCCCUACCUGCCCGACGGCAUCGAGAAGUCGCUAGGUCUCACCAGGGUCUACACGCUGCAGGACCUCCUAUUCCAGAGUGACUGUGUGUCAUUGCACUGCAGCCUAAACGAACACAAUCAUCACCUCAUCAAUGAAUUCACUAUCAAACAGAUGCGCCCAGGCGCGUUCCUGGUGAACACGGCGCGCGGCGGGCUGGUGGACGACGAGGGGCUGGCGGCGGCGCUCAAGCAGGGCCGCAUCCGCGCCGCCGCGCUCGACGUGCACGAGAACGAGCCCUUCAACGUCUUCCAGCAGGGCCCACUGAAGGACGCGCCCAACGUGCUGUGCACGCCGCACGCCGCCUUCUACUCGGACGCGUCGGCGCAGGAGCUGCGCGAGAUGGCGGCGUCGGAGAUCCGGCGCGCCAUCGUGGGCCGCAUCCCCGACUGCCUGCGCAACUGCGUCAACAAGGACUACUUCCUGGCCGGCGCCGCGCCCGUGCUGGCGCCGCCCGCGCCGCCCAUCCCCGCGCCGCAGCCGCCGCCCGCCACCUACAGCGAAGGCAUGAACGGCGGGUACUACGGCGGCGGGGGCGCGCAGGCGGCGCACUCCACCACGGCCGUGCACGAGGCGCCCGCGCUGCCGCCGCAGCCCGCGCCGCAGCCGCCGCCGCCGCAGCCGCCCAUCACGCUCCCGAUCAACACUUCGGACCCGGCCAACCACCAGAUGAAGCAAGAGAGCUCCGACGUCCACUAGGCGACACGCUACGUUACAGUACCGUACAGCGCCGAGCAACAAACAUACAAACAAUAGUUUUAUUGAUUCCAUCGCAACUAUGUCAUAAGUACCUACGUCGUAAGCCAACGAGUGAUAUAUUAUGUGGAGCGACGUUUGCAUACGCAUGCGAUUAGAUUAGACGAAACCAAACAACUAGAAAGACCGAUAUUACACGCAGGCGAGAACUGGAGCUACGUUCACAUACGUCCUAACACGUCAGUGCUCAAAGACAUUGCAUUGAAACACGGCAGAGGAGUGAACUACUACGAAAUGUAGCUUACAGUGGCGAAUGUGAUGAUAUUCGGGUGUUUUGAAUAUAUUUUUUUGCAAAAGAAAAAAUCGAUCCUGUCCAAUGGACGCGAUGCUUACGGACUUUAUGGUUAUAAGUAUAGAUGUGAAUGAAGAUAAAUAAUGUAUAAGUGAAGCGUGUUGGUGCAAACGUCGUGUAUUGAGCGAAUAGUUGAUUCUGUGUUUGUAUUUGGUAAGUUGGGACAGCUAUAUUAUAUACUGUUAUGUGAAAUGCGUGCAACAAUCGCAGGACGAUGUAUGUAUGAGGUGUAGGAGGGGACGAUGUAUCGAACGAUGUUUUUUGUACAUUUUUUUCCAUGGACGAAUGUUAUCUUUGUUGACAUUAUGUGAAACUCUUGGAUCGAUUCAAUGAAAUUGUAAUGUACAGACCGUAAAAAUGUUAGAAAUUUGGAUGUCAGACUGUAAAGUAUAGAUUUGUGAAAGGAUUUUAUGAUAAGUCAACGCAGACCAAGGAACGGAAACGAACGGCGUCGUCGCUCUACUUGAACAAAUAAAUAAAACGAAUAUCACGAUACGACGAACAAGGAUGUGCUACUGUUUAGUAACUUAGUAAAUUGUGUUAUUGAGACGUGCAGUCAUAUAUAAAUGUGAUUCGCUAAAACAAUAAGUCUGAUAAUUAUAAUAAUAAUGAAUUCGAUGGAUCGCCCCCUCCGUGUGUUCAGCAUUUGUUCGCAUUUGUACCGCCCGCUCCGAGAGCCUGCACGUGCAUACAAAACUGUUAAUUUUUAAGUAUCAACAAUGGAUUGUAGAAUUCUAUCAUCACACUAAUUAACGAGUAAACAGGAGGACUUGUGUUUUUUUUAUUAAUUUGAAAUGUACAAAAUCACGCUUUCAUUUGAUUAUAUAUUUUUUUUUCUUUUCUAAAUAGAAUUAAGUAAAGGAUUUGUACAUGAAACGGAACACCAAUAAAUUAGACCGAAACUCAAUAGCGGGCCGCACCCGAUUAAAUCUGACGAUCGUGAGAAUUGGUAUUUAAAAUUAGUAUUUACUUACAGUUUAGUUUAAUGACAAAAAAACAAUGUGUAUAUUUUAUGAGAAAGUGAAAAAGUUCUUAAAUAAAACUAUUGUUUUCGGAUUAAUGA